CGCCGGCGCUUCCCGCAGGCACUCAUCGUGGGCGUGAAGAAGGGCGGCACGCGAGCGCUGCUGGAGUUCCUCCGGCUGCACCCCGACGUCCGCGCGCUUGGCUCCGAGCCCCACUUCUUCGACAGGUGUUACGAGCGCGGCCUCGCCUGGUACAGGAGCCUGAUGCCACGUACCUUGGAUGGGCAGAUCACCUUGGAGAAGACACCCAGCUACUUUGUGACACGGGAAGCCCCUCAUCGAAUUCAUAGCAUGUCCCCAGACACGAAGCUGAUCGUGGUGGUACGGAACCCUGUGACCCGGGCCAUCUCUGACUAUGCCCAGACACUUUCCAAGACCCCAGGCCUGCCCAGCUUCCGCACCCUGGCCUUUCGCCGUGGCUUGGGCCCUGUGGACACAGCCUGGAGUGCCGUGCGUAUCGGUCUCUAUGCCCAGCACCUGGACAACUGGCUGCACUACUUCCCUCUGUCCCACUUCCUGUUUGUUAGCGGCGAGCGUCUGGUCAGUGACCCAGCUGGAGAGGUUGGCCGUGUGCAGGACUUUCUGGGCCUCAAACGGGUUGUCACGGACAAGCACUUCUACUUCAAUGCCACCAAGGGCUUCCCCUGCCUCAAGAAGGCCCAGGGAAGCAGCCGUCCCCGCUGCCUGGGCAAAUCCAAAGGCAGGCCCCACCCCCAUGUGUCCCAGGCGGUGGUCCAGCGACUGCAGGACUUCUACAGGCCCUUUAAUCACAAGUUCUACCAGAUGACUGGCCAGGACUUUGGCUGGGACUGAGCAAGGCCCAGCUAGCCCUGCCUUGGAUGCUUGGUAAUCUUAAUUUAUGUCUGUCCACUGGCCAAAGCAGCUUCCCUACACAUGCUGUGGAAAGAGAAUAUUUAAGAAAUAA